AUGGAUGCUAUUCGCAAAUACUUUUCCGAGGUUACGCUGUCUAUAGAUUGUAAGUCAAAUAGAUCAAGAUUUAGUUAUCAGAAUCAAACAUUUUCAUCUUACCAUGACAAUAUGGCUGAGAUUCACGAAACUGAAGUUGACAUUAAUCAAUAUGAAAAUUCUUUAGAUGGGGAGGUUGGGGAGGUGGAGGAGCGGGCUGGGUCAGAGGAGCAGGGUAUGGCAGAGGAAGAGCGUGCCGAGACCUUUGCUGUAACACGAUCUGCAGUGAUGUUAUGGGACUAUGCACAGGAGAUCGCACAAGACAAUACGGAAUUCGCGCAUGCCCAUCCACAUGCGCCACGCCCCAUUCACCCACCCAUGCAGAUAUCGCGCCGCAACAAAUGCCUGCUUGCAUUGAUGGUGGAGGAUAGGUGUGAGGCGGUGAUUCGGCUAUGGGAAGAGUUAAACGAGAUUGAGCGCCUGUUGGGUUUAGAGAACAUUUAG